AUGCCUAUCAACACCUCGCCCCGUGCUAUUCUCACUUCAUUCUUCGUACUUCUCACGCUUCUCUCCUACGCAUCAUGUGCUCCCAGUGUUCCUGCCGUGAUGCGCCGUGAUGCAUCUGAUGUCUGGACACCCAGAAUCACCUCCCCUACAAGUCACACUAAAUGGACUGUUGGAGGAACAUUCCUUGUCACCUGGGAUACAUCCUCGAAACCUGCCCAGGUGACCAACCCUAUUGGCGAGGUAUUCCUUCACCACAACGGUCGAACCCAAUCCAAUCCCAUUGCAUCUGGAUUUCCACUUUCUGAUGGUGAAGUCCACGUCACAGUCCCUCAUGAUACUACACCUGGGAAGUACAAGAUCGUAUUAUUCGGUGACUCUGGGGACUGGAGUGCAAGGUUCUCGAUUAACGCGGCCAUUGAAUAAGCUUCUUGCAGAAGUUUUUCAAUCUCAGACGAGAAUGAAAGAUUGGGAAGAAAGAGCGUAUGAUUUGAUGCUUGGUGAACUUGGCGAUGAACUUAAGCCGUCAUGAUGAACUGAACAUGCAAUGAACAAUUGGUAUCUCAUUUGACUUUUUUGAUUUGAAAACUACUGUACUCUACAUACAUUCUUCGUUUACAACUUACAUACAGGUUUCGGCGGCCAAUUUAGGA